CGCCGCUGGGGCAGGUGGGUGGUGUGACGCAUGUCCCGGCGUGGACGUUGCCUCCCGCUCCGGCUGACCUCUAGGGUCACUAACGUGCGCUUCACCAUCGCAAGUGGCUCUGCCCGUGUCGGGCUGUGUCCUGCGCGGGUCGUGGGAGUCGUUAGGAGGGACUGAGACAAACCCAGGAAACCUAGAAAUGGACUCAGUGACUUUUGAGGAUGUGGCUGUGAACUUCACCAUGGAGGAGUGGACUUUACUGGGUCCUUCACAGAAGAAACUCUACAGAGAUGUGAUGCGGGAAACCUUCAGGAAUCUGGCCUCAGUAGGAAAAACAUGGGAAGAUCAUGACACUGAAGAUCAAUACAAAAACCAGGAGAGAAAACUAAGUUAUGUGGUUGAGGCACUCUGUGAAAAUAAAGAGGGUAAUCAGUGUGGAGAAGACUUCAGCCUUAUUCCAAAUCUCAGUCUGAACAAGGAAACUACUGAAGUAAAAUCAUGUGAAUGCAGCGCAUGUGGAGAAGUCUUCCUGCAUCAUUCAUCCCUUAAUAGACACAUCCACUGUCACAUGGCACACAAACCAUGUGAGCAUCAGAAAUACAGAGAGAAGCCAUGGAAAUGUCAGGACUGUGGGGAAGUUUUUAUGUGUCUCGGAACCCUGCAAAGACACAUGAUAAUGCACACUGGAGAUGCCCCUUAUAAAUGUAAGGAAUGUGGGAAAGCCUUCACUUGUUCUAGUUCACUUGGAAUACAUGAAAGAACUCACACUGAAAAGAAACCCUAUCACUGUGAACAAUCUGGAAGAGUCUGCAGAUACCAGACACAUGGCAGGACUGGCACAGGAGAGAAACUCUAUGAAUGUAAGCCUUGUGGUAAGACUUACAUCUCCCUUCAGGGCUUAAAAAUACAUGAAAGAAGUCACACUGGAGAGAAACCCUUUGAAUGUAAGGAGUGUGGUAAAACUUUCCGUUCUCAUGUAGGUUUCAAAAUGCAUGAAAGAAAUCACAGUGGAGAGAAACUGUACGAAUGUAAAAAAUGUACCAAAGCAUUCAGUUACCCCAGUUCUCUUCGAAGACAUGAAAGAACUCACACUGGAGAGAAACCCUACCAAUGUAAGGAAUGUGGGAAAGUCUACAGAGAUCACGGUUCCUUUCAAACACACGAAAGGACUCACAGAGGAGAGAAACCCUAUGAAUGUAAUGAAUGUGGAAAAACUUUUCUUUCUCUUUCAAGCUUCCGAGCACACAUGAUCACUCACUUUGGAAAUGGACCUUAUAAAUGUACGGAAUGUGAGAAAACAUUCUCUUCUCCCAGUUCGUUUCGAAUACAUGAAAGAAGUCACACUGGAGAGAAACCCUAUGAAUGUAAACAGUGUGGUAAAGCCUUCGGUUAUUACUGUUCCUUACGAGCACAUGGAAGGACUCACACUGGAGAGAAACCCUAUGAAUGUAAACAAUGUGGUAAAACCUUCAGUUACUGCUAUUCCUUACAAGUCCACAGAAGAAUUCACACAGGAGAGAAACCCUAUGUAUGUAAAAUUUGUGGUAAAGGCUUCAGGUGUUCUAGUCAUGUUCAGGUACAUGAAAGAACUCACACUGGAGAGAAACCCUUUGUAUGUAGUGAAUGUGGAAAAGCCUUCAUUUGUCACGAAUACUUCCGAACCCACAUGAGACUGCACACUGGAGAGAAACCAUAUAGAUGUGAAGAAUGCGGGAAAGCCUUUAGUCGUCUCAGUUCCUUCCGAAAGCAUGAAAUGAGUCACUGGAUAAAUACUCUUGAAUGUAAAACAGCAUUAGAAAGACUUCAAUUGGCCCACCUCUUUACAUGGAAAAACUCUCAUGGAAAAGAAAUAAAAAUUGCUAUCCUGCCAGUGAUCCUCAGGGUCAUACCUGAAGUCAAAGAGGUGGGUGUAAUGAAUUCUAAUGAUAGAAUGACCACAAGUAUACACGACAUGGGGUGUAACAUACAAGGUGGCUGGGACUUUCGUAGGGUUUGACUUGCAUUAGAUGAUUUGAUUGCUGUUCAAGGUACCAAGACUUUUUGUGUGUGUUGAGUGCUAUGAGGAGGUAAACUUAUUUUGUCAUUGGUAAUCAUAAACCUUUCUAGAAGGCAAAAACAAUGUUUUAGAGCUAAACUUAAUUCAUAAGAAGCCCCAUCCCUCAAAUUAGCAGGAAGAGGGGAAUAGUGGUCAUUUCUAUAAUUUGUAAUUGUCACUUUUACCAUUUUUAGCGACAUGGUUACAAAAUGCCCUUCUUCUCGUCAUGAUUUAUCACAGUCACCGUGUACUUGGUCUCUUCAGCAGGGUGAGACCGGGCCUUGCGGUGAAUGCAGGCCAGCUCCCGGGCCUCUGGAACAACUUUUGCCUUUCCGGCUUGUUAUCUAAACACUGCUGUAUUUCCCACAGUGUGUUAUACACCAUUUACUAUAUGGUAUCUCAGUUAAAACAUACGUCCACUUCUUAGUAUACUACAUGGUAAUUUUAAUACCUCCUUUAUGACUCAGCUAAGGCCAUGAGUUUAGGUAAAUUGUGAGAGAACACAAACCUAGCAAGGCUAGAAAGGCAGGGCCACUGUUCCAAUAAGGUCUUCUCUUCUCAGAGACUAUCUCGGACUUUCUCAGAGAUGCUACUCUUGAUAGUUUCAACAUCCCUCAUUGCCAUGCACUUUAGAAUCAACGUACCCUACUUAGUGUAAAUCAAGGCACUGUAGGAUUUGGUUAUAGUGGCGUAAGACCAACAAGUUCUUGCAGUCCUGAGGCCUAUAUUUUUGUGGGAAAAAAAGAGACGGUUAACAAAUGGUAAAGCUUUGAUUUGUAAGAUAGAAGUAAGAGCUUUGAAGGAAAGUAGAAAAUGAGACGCUAUAAAAGAGGUGUGUAUAUAGCUUUUCUAUGCCGGUAGGAGGCUCAGUGAAUGAAGAUGUCAUAAAUCAUUUCUAUUUCUGCCACGUUGUGUAUAUGAAACACUCUCCAGGAACUGGUUGAGUGUGGAAGUAGAAGGUGGGACAUAGAACAUCCUGCUUUCCUUGAUUAACAGUAAAGAUUCCCCAUAAAGAUAAAGACAUGGAUAUGGUUCAUUUUCAUGUUUACAGUUGUUAGAAUUUUUGUUUGUAUAAUGUGUGGUCUUGAGUUUGGACAUUGUUAUCUGAGACUGGAGACUGCCUGUUGAUUUGGGCACAUGUAUUUCUGCCAUUUAGUCUGGGUUAGGGUCAGGGUUGUAUUUAACAUCAUCUGAGAGGAUUUUCAUUUUUAUAUAAAUAUUCAGAAUAUUAUACUGUUUGGCAUUUUCAUUUUACUGCUGUACAGAUUAACACAGUGUAUACCCCCAUUAAAGCAUGGGGUUCCUCCCGGUUGGAGAAAGAGUUACCUUUAUCUGCAUUGUUGUAGCCCAUCCUGAGUUAGUUCUAUGAGUAGGUUUCCCUGUAGUUCUCAAUGGAAACACCAAAAAAGACAUGCUUGUUUAGGGGAAAUCAUUCAGUGUAUAAUUGAGGUGACCUGCAGAAAGAGGACAUAUCAUUUUGAGUAAUAUACUAAUUGAGUAUAAAAGGAGAAAUGGGCAAUUUUCAGUGUCUCUUCAUUGCAGGAGCGGCUGGGAUUCUCUUGCUUCAGUGAUCCAUAAUCCAUAGCCUGUUUUGCUGUUCACAGGUUUCGUUUCCAUAUGCUUAAACUUUCAGCAUAUGUUGUGGAAAAAUGGAAAACAACAGUGAGAGUUUUAAAGUUUAAAUCAGCAAGUGAAAUUCAGUCUUUUCCUCUUUUUCCCCUCCUUUUUUUCUUUCUUUCUGUUUUUUUUUUUUCUUUUCAGUAGUUGUACCUUAUGUAUUGGAGUGGUUUCAUUUCCCUGCUGAGGGCAAUAAAUUUACUUGGUUUUCUGACUACAUUCUUGUGCCUGAGAGGUAAUGGUGUUAAAUCUGACCUGUGAGUGCAUGUAAUCCAUAACCAUUUAUUGGCCUCUAAUCUAAAUGUUAGACAAAAUUCAAGGGACUUCUCUCCUCUGCCAUGGCUAACUGGGUGUAUGACCAGUGCGCCAGAGAUUAAAAAGACACCACUGGUAAUAUAGUCGAUAGACUGACUUUUCAGACCAAGGAGGGGGCCCCUACAGCUAUUGGCAAAUAGACUUUGUAGGGCCCCUCACUCCCUCUUUUGGCUGCAUCUUAUUCUUUCACCACCACCAGAAUGCAAGGAAGACACAUUAGAAAUUACUGAUAUUAUCAACUGGAUUCUGGGAACACCCCACACUGGGUUCUUGAAAAUGACAUUCAGAGGACCUCUCGUGAUGAGAUCAGGUUACAAGCCUCACCGAUGGCCCAACGGCUAAUACCUUGCUUCCCUGUAGACAAGUCUUCCUGCUGUUGCAGCAUUAAUUAGAUUCAGUCACCAAUCUCUGUGGCCUAUUUCUUUGUCCUGUUCACCAGGACUACUGGCACUGGAUUACAAGUAGAACCUUCCCAUACUAGGUGUUUCUGUUAGAGUGGUCACUCCUGCAGGUCUUUGUUUUAUUGUAAUAGUGUACCCAGGCCCCCACACUUUAUCCCACUCCCAGGCCCCCCUCCUGACAUCACCUGUAGUCUGUGUACCCUGAGUGUCGUAUUUGAUUUUGGGACUCCAUCAAAGCCCCUCCGGCUUACCCAGCACAAAUUGCUGUUUUCCUCAUUUGCACUCACAUGCUCAUUGUCAUGGGAGUCCCUGGUACUUACCUGUGCAUACGUGAUCUCUUUCCACAAAUACAUCAUCAAUGCCAAUCAUGAAAUGUCCAAAACACUUAAAAUACACGUAGCAUACAGCUCAUUGCAGGAAAUGGGGGAAAACAUUUUGACAGAUACAUAGAAAGCAUUCUUUUUCCUGUAAAUUAGGCCAUCCCUCAAGGAAAACUAGUUUGCCACAGCCUUAUCAGACUGGGGAAGGAGCAGUCGGACAACUCCCUGACCCUUCGAGUUUUUUCUGUGACAGAAAGUGAGGACUAAAAGCCAGGAGCCUCUUCUGACGUGCGUAGUCCAGGGAUUUUGUCCCAUGAAAACAUUUAACAGGUUUAAUCACAUAACAGAACAUUUUCCCACCACACACCUGACCACUGUGUGAACAGGGUUCCAGUAUAAAACCAGUGGAAUAAAACAGAUAUAGGGCACAGACUCUAUUUUCAAAUGAAUUUCAAGGGAUAUCCAAACACAGCAGGGAGAUAACGAGGACCCGGGAGGAUGUUGAAACCCUUGGCCCUCACCACUACAGCAAAUAUUAAACUAAUUCCUAGUCAAGGAAACAUGAAACGUUACACUGAGGGCCUAUUUACCUCAGAUCUUACUGUGAAAAUACAUAAAUAAUUGGAAUUUAUAGAACACAUGUGCUUCCUGGUUUCACUUGGUUAAAAUUAUUGUUUUGUUUUAAUUUUUCCAUAAGCAAGCAUUUUGGAUAUUUUCUGUAGUCUCAUGGUCCCUCAUCAAGUAUUAGCCAACCUUGGGAAUUUUGAGCAGAAAACAGGUAAGUGUUGGAUUUCAGAGCAUUAAGGACAGAUAUCUUUAUAUAUACAUGCACAUUUGAAGGGGAAAUACGUUUCUUGGUGUUUCAAACGCUGUACAAAUCAGAUUAACUGCAAAAAUAAAAACAUGGAUUGGAAGGUGGAUCAAGAAGGCAGUGUAGGAGGAUGUGAAACUCACCUCCCCCCACAAACAUAUUAAAAAUGCAUCUACACGUGGAACAAUUAGCAACUGGAAACUGGCAGAUCUCUUAUACAACCAAAGCUGCAAAAAGGUCCCCACAUAACCAAGUAGGAAGGGGACAAAAUAUGGACAUGGGACAGGACCGGCACCCCUAGGAGGGAUCUGUGAGUGAGGGAGGGUCAGCACAGGCACGUCUUCACCCUGUAAAGCCCCCCUGCUUGCUGGGAGGUCCGCUGGAUUGGGUAGAGGGGCUGGCACGUGCUGGCUUGCCAGCAAUCAGGUCAGAGAGACUGAUGCCGAGGGCUGCCACCUCCCCGUACUCCCCAGCCCAUGUACCUCUCUUUCAACCCUAGUUAGCAGCCUGCGUGGGUUAUCUUAAUGCCUACUUAAAGCUUGCUUGCUUUUUUUUUAACCCCCUUUUAAAAAUUUAUUUAUUUUAAUGGAGGUACUGGGAGUUGAACCCAGGAGUUUUGCAAUCCAGUCUCUUAGGCAUAUUAGAGUUUCCAGGUUAACACAUCCAUCAGCUCACAUAGUGUGCGUGCGUGUGUGUGUGUGUGUGUGUGUGUGUUGGGAUGAGGAGGGGAGGUGAGAACUCUUAAUCCACUGUUUUAGCAAAUUUCAGGUAUACAAUAUAGUAUAUGUAUAUCAAAUCACAUUGUAAUCUUUAAAUAUAGACGAUUUUAUUAAUCAAUUAUACCUCAACAAAUCUGGGAGGAGUAUGAUGGAAAGAGGUUCAGGUGCAUCCCAAGUUUAUGUAAUGAUUUAUAGUUUUCUUAUAUUAGUGAAAACAGGAAUCAGUUGUCUUAGAGAUAUAGCUGUUUACAUUUCAAAAUUCUCUAGGGACAAAGGCAAAAACUGAUCGAAAAUAAAUUUCCUUCCAAUAUAAAAUGUACACCGGAGAAUUUAAUGAACAUGUCUCACACCCUGUGGUUAGACUGAAAAGAGUCUUUGAGCCCAGCUGAGGGCUGUAGGGUUCAAACUUCCCACCAGAGCCAAGGGCUUAGGAUCCUUUCUCUUAAGUAUAAAUGAGCAGGGUUGGAGCAGGGGUGGAUGGAAGGCUCAACGCUGUCAAGUAUCAAAGAUUAAAACAGAGCCAGACUCCAUUACAGAUGGUGAAGUCACAUUUUAAUUUCUGUGUUUCUAAAAAAAAAAGGAGUUACAGUUCCACGCGUGGCCUCCCAGCCGUACACCAAACCCUUGACCCCUAGAGGACAUAGACCCUCUCGUUCCAGUGUGGCCUGGUGUUGGGCUGCACCCUGCAGAUUUGCAAGCCUUGUAAUUGCCCAGCCUCAAGACCAAAGAAAGACAGGAAUCAGUGACAGACAUCAGUGGUUUAAUGGAGAGAGGAGCUUGCUUGUCCAAAGCAAAAAUGUCCUGGAGCUACACCCUACUGUGGGCAGCAGAUGGCUGGCAGGACAAGGCAGCAGUCAAUGCUGGGGGGAGGUUACCAAUUAUAAAGGAAAUUGACCUCAGGUUGGCUACUCAGUUACCAGGGAAACCAGCAGAGUAGCACACCCCUCACCACCCCUUGGAUAAACUGGCAGUGGAGACAUUCUGAUCUAGAGAUUAGAACAAACACUAGCCAGGGCAAGUUUACUGAUUAGGCUCUGUGAUUAAGAGAGCGGGUCAGUCAUGUGAGUAGGGUAUAGAUGAAGCAGGGACUGGUAGGGGCCCUGGAUGCACAGAGAGCAAGAGAACAGCCGUCUUGGGUGGCCUGAUCAUACACCUCCCUGGGCGACCCUCAUGUUCUGUUCUUUCUUGCUCCACUUGGAAACGCAAUCAGAAAUUCCCUGUGUUCAUGGGCUCACAAAGAGCUGAGCAAAUACGAAGUGGGUAGCCCCAGGCCUGGAAACAGACGUGUCAGGCUGGGUCAGGCUCCCCCGCCUGAGGGAAGUUGGUUUCCAGGAGCUACGCGUCCUCCCGCCUAGCUGUCACUUAAGCACUAAUGCGGCCCUGCUAACUGUCCAAUCAGGGGCGCCGCUUGGGCAAGUGGGUGGGGCGACGCGCCGCCCCGGCGUGGACGUUCUUACUCCGUUAGGCCGGGCUAACGAGCCGGUUUUCUACCGUUAAACUGCGCUGGGGGCGCUGCUUCAGCCUUGGCACGCUGUGACCCGCGCUGGUCGUGGGAGUCGCUAGGGACAGAGGUAGUUCAGGGAGACCCAGGAAACCCAGAAAUGGGAGGAAAUCGGAAGAUCAUGAUAUUGAAGAUCAGUACAAAAACCAGGGGAGAAAGCUAAGUCAUGUGGCAGAGAGACUCUGUGAAAGUAAAGAGGGCGGUCAGUGUGGAGAAAACUUCAGCCUUAUUCCAAACGUCAGUCUGGAGAAGAAAACUACCAGAGUGAAACCACGUGAAUGCUGCACACGUGGCAAAGUCUUUCCCUGUCAUUCAUCCCUUACCAGACACAUGAGAUGUCACCCUGAGCAUAAACCAUGUGAGUAUGAGGACUGUGGAGAGAAGCCAUACAAAUGUAAGGACUGUGGCAAAGCUUUUAGGUGUCGCCAGUAUUGUGAGGCACACGAGAAAAAUCACAAUAGAGAGAAAAAAUAUAAACGUAAGGCAUGUGGGAAAGCGUUCCACUGUCGCGCAUCCUUUCGGGCACACGAGAGGAUCCACACGGGAGAGAAGCCCUGUGAGUGUGAGGAAUGUGGGGACACCUUCAGGUGGAGCACAGCCUUUCGAAGGCACAUGAGAACGCACGCGGGAUGAGCCCCGUGUACGUGUCAGGAGUGCGGGAAAGCCUUUCGCUGCUCCUCUUCACUGCGAACACACACAGCCACUCACAGUGGAGAGAAACCCUAUCAGUGUAAACGGUGUGGGAGAUCCCUUAGGGAUUAUCACACUUUUCAAAGACACGGAAGGACUCACACAGGGGAGAAACCCUAUAAAUGCAAGCAGUGCGGCAAAGCCUUCUGUUGUCCCAGUUCUUUUCAAAAACAUGGAAGAAUUCACACUGGGGAAAAGCCUUAUGAAUGUAAGGAGUGUGGGAAAGCCUUUAGAGGGAUCUCAAACCUCUGAGCGCACACGAUCACCCACACUGGAGAUGGACCUUAUAAAUGUAAGGAAUGUGCGAGAGCCUCCAUCUCUCCUAGCUCCUUUCGGAUACAUCAGAGGAUUCACACCGGAGAGAAACCCUACAAAUGUACACAGUGCGGUAAAGCCUUCAGUUAUUACAAUUCCUUACAGCCACACAGGAGAACUCACACUGGAGAGAAACCCUUUGAGUGCAAGGAAUGUGGGAAGGCCCUCUCCCAUCACCAAACCUUAAAAUUUCACAUGAGACUGCACACCGGCGUGAAGCCCUAUGAGUGUACACAGUGUGGUAAAGCCUUCAGAUACUACCCUUUCUUUUACAAACACAAAAGGACUCACACUGGAGGGAAACCCUAUAAAUGUACACAGUGCGGUAAAGCCCUCAGUUAUUACAGCUCCUUACCGUCCCACGGAAGAACUCACACCGGAGAGAAACCCUAUGAAUGCAAGGAGUGUGGGAAGGCCCUGUCCCAUCACCAGACUUUAAAAGUUCACAUGAGACUGCACACCGGCGAGAAGCCCUGUGAGUGUGAUCGGUGUGGUUGGGCCUUCAGGUAUUACACUUCCUUCCAAAAACACAGGAGAGUUCAUACUGAGAAGGAAUUCUGUGAAUAAAGUAUAUGGAAAAGCCUUUAACAGUAAAUCAACUUCGCUUUGAAAACAUGAAGGAAGCCACACUGGAGAGAAAGCCUGUCCGUGUAAACAGUGUAGGAAAGUCCUUGGAUGUGCUCUAAGUUUGCAAACACGUGAAAGGACUCACAUAGAAGAGAAACCUUACAGAUGGCAGCAACGCAGUAAAUCCCGCCCAGACUGGCACUUCCUUAGAAACACAGCAAAGAACUCGUGCUGAAGAGAAAGCCUGUGACUGUAAGGGAUGUGGAAAAGCCUUCAGGUGUUACCAGAGUUUUUUCUGAAGACAUGAAAAAAACCACAGUGGAAGGAAUGUGGGAAAGCUUUCACUUGUCACACGACCAUUUGAAGACACGUGGGUCCGCCCACAGCAGAGACACCAUGUGAAUGUAAAGAAUGUCAGAAAACCUUCAGUCAUCCCAGUUCCAGACAGAUGAAAGGACUCACUGAAUAAAACCUCCUGGGUUAAGCAGCCCGGGGAAGACUUCAAUGGGCCCACAUCUUUACAUGUGAAAACUCCCACUGGGAAAAAGUUGUAAAUGUAAGUAACAAGAGACAGCUUGAUGGAAAUUAAUCUAUGUUUAGUGUUCCAGAAAACUUCCAGCAGGAAAGAGUCGUUAUGAACGUUGUAAAUAUGUUGUGUUUAGCGAGCCUCUUUCUGAAAGUGCAUCACUGGACUGUGGAUUUCUAGUAAUUACUCUCAGAAAUGAAUACUGAGGUGAGCUUAUUCACACACUUUUGAUUGGGAAACAAAUAGCUCUAGUACUUUUCACACUAACAGCCAGUUCAUUCAUGUCUCCCUCCCCACAUCCCUUUGCUAUAAAUAGCUUUGGCAGCCUCCUGUUAAUUAUCCUGGAGUUUUUCAACUACCCACGGUGGAUUUAAGCCCGUGCUGCACACAAUUAGAGAAGCCACAAUUAGCAACUGACAGCCUUUUUGUAAAUGGAGUUGAUCCUCCAAAGUCAGCUUUUCAUUUGUCCUUGGAUCAUGAAUGCAGGACCCGUCAGGCUUCCUAACCAGAAGCCUCUUCACUGAGCAUAAAUCGGUACUUACAGAACAGAGCCAAGAAUGGCUCCUCCAGCAUGGCCCACCUGAGGAGGAUGUGUUCUCCCCUGUUCGCUGACUGAUGCAUCCCGUUCUGCAAGAGGUCAUCUUUCUAGACAUAUUGGCCACUUUGGGAAUCACUCAGAAUCAGCACAUGAGUUACCAGGAAGUUCACAUUUUUACGGACAUUGUGCUGCAACUGAAUCUGAUGGAGUCCAUGGCAGAGAUGCUGUGUUCUGUCUUUAUUUUUGUUUGUUUGUUCUGGGGCUUUUUUUCUUACCACUUUAGUUAUUUGAGGUGGGUAAGUUAGGUUUAUUUAUUUCUUACUAUUGUUGUUGUUGCUGUUAUUUAAUGGAAGUACAGGGGACUGAACCCAAGCAUGCACUCUGCCACUGAGCUAUACCCUCCCCCAACCGUGUUCUGUCUUUAGAUCAAACAGGCAGCUCUGAUCAAAAACUGGAUCCAAGCAUCCGAUGGAUUAGUCAAAUUCCAGGCCAUUGUGCUAGCACUAGAGAACUCCCUGGCCAGGAAUCAGACUCAUCUGCACACUGUUACAGAUCUUUGGCCAUUGACAAUGACCUAGUGUCUCAGUUCAUCCAAUAGCAACAACUUACCCAAGGUCACCCUUUUUAGCAAAAAGAACUCUGGGAAUAUCUUGCCUCAAAUACUCAAGUACAAAUCAAGGUCACUCGUUACUGUAGACAUAUUACCUCAAUCUGCAGAGGCUCAUUUCAUUGUUCAGUGUGGUCAGUUGACUGGAAUGUAUCUAUACCUGAGAUCUGACGGUUUAAAGCUUGGCCCUGUGAGCUCACGUAAUAUAUAACUAUUUAGAGGUUUCUAGCGUAAAGUUUAGGCAAAAUUCAGGGAACUUCCCUCCUCUUCCAUAACUAAUUUAUGACUGACCAAUGCACCUGAUGUAUGAAAAGUCACCACUGCUAAUAUACUAUGUGCCUACUGUCCAGGCUGAGGAAGUGGUCCCUACAGCUGGCAGCAAAUAGACGUUAUAGGGCCCCUCACCCCCUCUGCUGGACUACAUGCUAUGAGGGGACCAUUUAAGUUACUCAUAUAGACAAAUUACUCAUUCCGUUAUAAAUAACCCUGCUGAAGUCAAAAUGCAAGGACUCACCAAAACACUCUAGAAAAUAUUGACACCAUCAACUCAUUUUUCAAAGUACAAAGCACUGGGCUCUUAAAAAAGGUAUCCAGUGGGGCUUUGUACCUCUCUUCCGACCCCCAGCUACCCCCUCGGAGGAUGGCCUGAUGGCUUACCUAGACAAACCUUGCUCUCUUCUAAAUAGGUCUUUCUGCUCUUUGAGGCUUUAGUUAGAUUCAAUCCCCAGUCUCUCAGGCCAGUUACUUCGUCCAGAUCAUUAAGUCUUACUGGCACCUUAUAAGUUAGGUAGAGGCCAUUCUAUACUAGACACUUCUGUCAGAAUGGUCACUGCUGCUGGUCUCUGGUGUACUGUAGUAGUACUCUCAGAUCUCGCUCCCCACAUUACCUUUAUCUGUGUGCCCUGCAUGUCAGCAUUUCAUUUUGGGCGCCCUCCUUCAAAACGCCAGCCUGUCCAACACAAGUGUGCUGUUUUCUCUCCAUUUGCACUCAACCUGCUUGCUGUCACAGGAGUCACUGGUACGGACCUGUGCACACAUGAUGUCAAACACAUUAUUAAUGCCAGUCAUGAAAUGUCCAAAAUACAUGUAGCAGAGAGCUAAUGUUUGAGGUGUUUUCCAUGAAGGACAGCCCUCUGGCAGCCAUGUAGCUGAUGACCACUUAGCUUUGGAGUAUUUAUUAGCCAGAGAGAAUUCUGUUCUCCUAAAAGGUCUGUUUGCACCAUGUGAGUAGGCUACACUGGCAAGGUGCCACCUUCAGCACAAGAAGUGAGAUAACAAAUUAGACAAUAACAUCAUGAAAAUAUUUGAACAUAGUUCCAGAAUCAUACUUAGACACGUUCCUGGAUCUCUCCAUUCCCCCAGGAUGGACUGGAUUCAAACGUGUUUUGGAAGCUUCAUCAUCCUAAUUAUAAUACAUACUUGUGCUUUACAUGUGGCUUUUUAACUAAUAUUCAGAUUCAAAGCCAUUCAAAUGAGAUGUAUCAUUCAGUCAACAAAUCUAAGAGUGAACUUUAAGACAUUGACCUCAUUUUCAAUAUUUGACCCUUAAUAGGCUUCAGAUGCCUUCUCACCCUGCCUGGCCCACAAUGGGUAAAGUUAAGAUGGGUUAUUUUAGUUAUUUUUGUGUCAGUGGGUAGGAGGGUCAAACCUUGAAGACCUGCAGCCUCUACCCCUACACACCUCAAAGGGCCAAGCUAUUAACCUCUGCACAAGCCACUUCAACCCACUAACCCUUGCCCUACGCUCCUUAGUAAGUACCUUUGAGUAACAAACAUGUUUCUAUUACCUUGAUGCUUGUGGUGACAUUUUCAGUAGGAUAUUAAUCCUGCCCCCAUUUUAUCCAUUGAUAAAAUGGGAGGUAACCCAUGGAAAAUGUCUUUAUUGAUGCAGAGGUGACAGGGUAGAGAAUUUUGAGACUAUGAGGAUAAGACAUCCAAAUGCAGACAUUUGUCUCAGUGUGAUCAUGUUUUUGGAUGCAGUGGUCACAAAAGGAAACUUUGAGACCGCCUACAUGGUCACCAGGAGGACAAUCAAUAUGUGAAAAUGCUAUCGUCUCACAGGGGAAAAUUACAGAGCAACACAAGUGAAUGGAUGGUUUCUGUUCUAAUAAGUAAAGACCCUGGAGUCAACAUUCCCAUCUUCAAAACAAGAAAAAGAUGCUGAAGAAACUGAAAAUCAACACCUCUUCAUAUAUCCAUGAGAUUUGCGGUUAUAUGGCAAACCUGUGCUCCAAAAAUAAGAGAUUGGUGGACAUAGAGAAUUACUGUUUACUGAGAAGACACUGGAGCAGCAUCCUCUUGGGACACAUAAAAGAUGAAUUGCUGGAAACAGUAUGAACUAGCUUGAGCUCUAACUGGAGGCAGUUAAGGACCACCCUCCCGCUGCAAAAUUUGUGAAUUUUUCUCGCAGGAGUCCAACCGGGUUCUCCCGGGAAGAUUGGCAAACCGCCUCACACAGGAAUUGGGGGGAAGCAUUUUGAAAUACAACAAAGCAUUCUGUUCUCUGUAACUUAGGCCAUUCCCUCACAGGAAACUGAUUUGCCACAGCCUUAUCUGACUGGGGAAGGAGCAGACAGCUCCCUGACCCUUGGGGUUUCUUCCCUGACCAAAGCGCUGUAAGAAUAAACACUAAGAAUCUGUUCUGAAGUUCAUAGUCCGGGGAUUCUAUACCACCAAAACAUUACAGGUUUAAUCCUGACAUAAAAGAACAUUAUCCCAUCUACAUACCUUCCCACCAUAUCAACAAGGCUCCAAUAGAAAAACAGUGGGUUAAAACAGACUCUACUUACAAGUGAGUUUCCAAGGAUACCCAAACGCAGCAGGGGAGAAAAACACAAGGACCCUGGAGGACAGUAAAGGCCCUGACACCUAUGGCGACAGCAAACAUGAAACAUGAUCUAACUUCUAGUCAAGAAAACAUGAAAUGUCACACUGAAGGCCUAUUUACCUCAAAUCUUAUUGUGAAAAUUCAGAAAUAUGUGGAAAUGAAAUAACAUUUGCUCCCUGGUUUCACUUCUUUGUUAAAAUUGUCUCGGUUUUGUUUUUCCAUAAACCACGUGCAUUUGGGGUAUUUUCCAUAGUUUCAAGUUACCGGAUCAGGUAUCAUCCAAACCUUGGGAACUUCAACCAGAAAACAGGUAAGUAUCGGAUUUGAGAACAUUGAGGAUAGACAUUUUAUACGUACAUCUGCAUUUGAAGAGAGAAAUGUAUUUAUGCUUCAAACACAAACGCAGAUAAACUGCAAAAAUAAAAGCCUGGGACAAAAUUCAAAAUUGUAAGAAUAAUUAAACUUAUUUCUCAUACUGUAAAAAUUAACAACAGCAAUGUGCAGUUUUUCAUCAAAACCUUAUGUGGAUGUUUCUUAGAAAUAUUCUGUUAGCUGCAUUUUCAAAUGACUGGUGUUCUGAAAAAUAGUAUCAUCUUUAUUUUUCACUUACUGGGAACAUUUAUUAAAAUAUCCCUUUACAAUUGUGGAUUUUAACGUCCACUCUGAUUUUCUUCACUUAAUCGUUAUACAUUCUGAGUCAAUAUUAGCAUGUAAUGUGAGUUUGGGGAAUUAAUUCUCAGGCAAAUUUAAUUUUGUUCUUUUAUAAUUUCAAUUUUUGUGACUAACCUAACUUCUCAUUCACUCAUAAUGCCACACACACGUUUCUGUCAGUACUCUCUUGCCAGAGAACACCAGGACGCACCUGUAGUCAUAGAGAAGUGGUCUGUUUACUGGUUAAUAAUCAUGCCCACAAGUGAUAAAUGACUGUGGGUGUAUAAGUAAGAGGGUGCACAAAAGGACUCCUUAGAGAAUUUGGGCUGAUGGGAGGUGAUUUGAUAUUUGAUGAAGCAAGACGUUGCUUCUCUGUUGGUUGCUUUGAGGGGGUAAAUGUAAUUCUGUGAUUCGUGAUUGUAAUCAUUUGGAAUUUGGUUAACUUUGUUGUUUGGACUGUGGUCUAUUUUACCAUUUUUAGAGGCAUGAUCUUGUUUUUUUUCUUUGUUUCCUUGAUCUUGUUUUUUUUCUUUGUUAAUUGCAAUAUAGUCAGUUUGCAGUGUGUUAGUUUCCAGUGUACAGCAUAGUGAUUCAGUUACCUACAUAGCCUUGAUCUUGUUAUGAUCCAUCACAGUCACCAAACAGCAUUGCCUGAUGGUGGAGGUCUGUGACAUUCUCCCCUUUGAUAGAAUGUCUUGGUUUACCGCUGAGUGGGCCAGUGCUCACUCAGCGGUAAACCAAGUGCUGUCUUUUGUUCAUCACUUAUUACCUAAACAUUUAAAUGUUUCCUUCUGUGUAGUUGACAUUCUUAAAGUGUUUCCAUACGGUAGCUUAGUUAUAAUAUACAAGUGCAUUCACUCCUUAGUAGGCUCUGUAAUACUUUCAUUAUCUAUUUUGUGGAAAUAAAUUUCUAGGCCUGACUUGGAGCUGCUCCCGCCUGGGGUGCCAUAUCAAUAAACCAAAACUUAGAUAACUUUCCUCUUCCUAUAAAUGCUCUGCUUGACCAGAAAUACAUUGUAUCCAGCCAGCCGAUCUCUAACUGCCAAGAAUCAGUAAUGACUUCUUUGUUCCGUGUAAGGUCAGGUGUGCAACCCCAGCUGGUGAACUGAAGCCACAUCCUCGUCCCUUAUUCCCCGAAUGCCUUCCUCGACAAAAGCUCACAGCCUUGCUCCUUGGUCUGCCCUUCUCUGGACUCUUAAGAGUGGAAACUGACUAUUUCAUGAGGUUUGAAAUAAACUUGCGUAGAUCA